GGAAGAAACAUAGCUUCUCAACCAGGAGGGCAGAAUAUGACAACACCGUAAGUUUGUGGAACAAGGACACCGCUUUGAGUUUUUGUGGUUUAGCUUGUCCCCGGAGCUACCUCGCCUCUCCAUGCUGCUGUGCCGGGUAUCGGCAGUGGGCCAGACGCUCGCCAGAUGGGGGCGGAGGUCACACCGCGGCGGCGGCCCCUUCCUGCACCGAGCCGUCUCCUUCAGCUCCAGCCGCUGUCAUGGUGUCAGCUCAGGAGAAGGCAGCGCUCAGCCAGCGGAGGCGGGUUCUGCUCAGGCUCUGUACCGAGACACGGUGCUUCUUCCCCAGACUAAGUUCCCCAUGAAGCUAACGGGGAAGAAGCUUCUGGACCGAGAGCUUCAAAUACAGCAGGAGUGUGGUUUUGCAGACUUGUACUCGUGGCAGAGAGAAAGGAAGGCCAAGAAAGAGUUCUGCCUUCAUGAUGGACCACCGUAUGCAAAUGGAGACCCUCACGUUGGACAUGCACUCAAUAAGAUCCUGAAAGACAUCCGUAACCGUUUUGAGAUGCUAAGAGGUCGGCAGGUCCACUACAUCCCAGGCUGGGACUGCCACGGCCUGCCCAUUGAGCUGAAAGCUCUGGGAGAACUGGCCACCAGCGGCCUCAGUCCUCUGCAGAUUAGACAGAAAGCGCGGGAGUUUGCACAAGGGGCGAUAGCUCGGCAGAAGGCUGCCUUCCAGCGCUGGGGGGUGAUGGCUGACUGGGAGCAGUGCUACUUCACGUUUGAUGGGACCUACGAGGCUGCUCAGCUGAAAGUAUUUCAGGAGAUGCACAGCAAGGGUCUCAUAUACCAGGACUACAAGCCCGUCUUCUGGUCUCCUUCAUCGAGAACAGCCCUAGCAGAGGCGGAGUUGGAGUACAAUCCCGAACAUGUCAGCAGAGCCAUCUACGCCACGUUCCCUUUGACCACGCUGCCGCCAAAGAUCGCCUUAGACGGCGCAGGUCUGGAGGGUGUUUCUGUGUUGGUGUGGACCACCCAACCCUGGACCAUUCCUGCCAAUCAGGCUGUGUGCUACAUGCCAAACGCCCAGUACUCUGUGGUGAAGAGAGCAGAUAAUUCGCAGCUGCUGUUGGUUGCGACUGAGCGAACAGUCAGCCUGGCAGCGCUGCUCGGCACGGAGCUGCAGAGUGUCGGCACCUUCGCAGGUUCCCAACUUGAAGGCGGCAUCUGCAAACAUCCCACAAUUCCUGACAAGCAAGUCCCGUUGCUGCCAGCCAAUCAUGUGACUAUGGGAAAAGGAACGGGAUUGGUCCACACGGCGCCGGCUCAUGGCAUGGAUGAUUACAGUGUGGCUUCACAGUUUAAACUAUCUGUGGAGUGCAUGGUGGAUGAAGACGGCAGAUUUACGGAGCUAUCCGGACCCGAGCUGCAGGGCCUGUCUGUGAUGACCGAAGGCACUGAUAAAGUGAUCUCCAUGCUGAAGGAGUGUGGAGCUCUGCUGCUGGAGGAGCAGUGUGUCCACAGCUACCCGUACGACUGGCGGACGAAGCAGCCUGUGGUCAUCCGGCCCAGUAAGCAGUGGUUCAUCAACACAGCGUCACUCAAAGACAAAGCCAAAGAGGUGCUGCAGAAGGUGCGUGUUUUGCCAGAGUCAGCGCGGGGCAGCCUGCUAGCCAUGCUGGACAGACGGACCUACUGGUGCAUCUCCAGACAGCGAAGCUGGGGGGUCCCUAUCCCGGUCUUCUACCACAAAGAGACCGGAGAUGCUCUCAUCAACAAAUACACCGUGUCCCACAUAGCAAAGCUCUUCCAAGAACAGGGCAGCAACUGUUGGUGGGAGCUUCCCAUUGAGACUUUGCUGCCCCCAGAAGUGCUCAAGAAGAGUAAAGCAGGACCGGUGAGCGACUACGUUCGUGGAGAAGACGUUCUGGACAUCUGGUUCGACAGCGGCGCAUCAUGGGCAGCUGUGCUCGAAGAGGAGAUGGAGGAAGGGUCUGAGGAGCCCCAGUCACGUCUCAGCUGGCUUCCAGCUUCGCUACGCAAACCUCGGGUCCCAGAGUCAGACCCCAGAGCAGAUGUGUAUGUGGAGGGAAAGGACCAGCUCGGAGGCUGGUUCCAGUCGUCGCUGCUCACCAGUGUGGCCGUCAGGAACAAAGCGCCUUAUAAAUCUCUGGUGGUUCAUGGCUUUGUAGUCGGUGAGAAGGGAGAAAAGAUGUCCAAGUCUGUGGGUAACGUCGUGGAUCCGGAGGAAGUCAUCAACGGAGGAAAGGGCAACGGUUCUCCAGCAUAUGGGGCAGAUGUGCUUCGUUGGUGGGUGGCAGAAUCAAAUGUCUUCUCUGAGGUCCAGAUUGGGCCCAAUGCCCUCAACUCAGCCCAGGACAGCAUCAACAAGCUGAGGAACACACUCAGGUUCCUGCUCGGCAACCUGCAGGGCUUCGACCCCCGAGUUCAAGCUGUGGAUCCCAAACAGAUGCACUACAUUGAUCAGUACAUGUUGCAUCUGCUACGUGAAUACGGCAUGAAGGUUACAGACGCCUACAGUGAGUUUGAUGCUGGCAGGGUCAUCCGUUUGCUCCAGGCCUUCAUCACCAGAGACCUGUCCAGCUUUUACUUCAGCAUCAUUAAGGAUAGGUUAUAUUGCGAUCCGGAGGACUCGUUGGGCAGAAGAUCAUGUCAGACUGCUUUAGAGGAGAUUCUGGAUAGCGUAACCCGAUCCAUCGCUCCUGUCCUCCCACAUCUGGCUGAAGAGGUCUAUCUGCACUCACCAGGACAUGACGAAGGAGAGACGUUAUUUAAAAGCGGUUGGAUCAAAAGCAGCUCAGUGUGGCGGCGACCGGGACUGGAGGAGGCUGUGGAAGGGGCUUCUGCCAUCAGGGAUUCCUUCCUGUCUUUGAUUCCUGGCAAAAAUGCUGCCCAGUAUGACCUCACUGUUGCCAUCGAACCUGGUCUUCUGUUUGAGCUCAUGGAGUCUCUCCAGGAAGAGCCCACCUCCACCACCUCCCAGCUGGCUGAGCUGAUGAUGGCAGCCCGGGUUACCCUGACAAGUGAGCUGCCCCGGGACCUGCACCCAGAUGCCCUGAUGAACCACGGUACCUUUCUCAUCAAUCUGGAAGGUGGCGUUAUUCGUGAGGACAGUGCCUACAGUAUAGCUGUGACACCCACCUCUGCUGCCCGAUGUCCUCGAUGUCGCCGCUACACUGCAGAGUCUGCAGACUGUCUGUGCCCUCGCUGCCAGAAUCUCACCUCCCAGGCUCUCUAACCUAACCUGUCACCAUGACAACCACUCGGAUAGUUUCAUUGGACUGGACGUUGUGAGCAACAGCUCAGCAUGGAGUUUGCUU